UGGCCCUGUGUCUAGGGCACUUGGGGUAUAUAAUACGAACGAUCUCGGAAGGGGUAUGAGCAUUGAACGCAAUUGCGUAACCCCCUCCUGUCUGCGAUAAACAGAUCAGCAUCUCGUCACAGUCUCAUUCAGCACCGGACUUGACUCAUUCGUUUGCGCAGACUCUCUCACUGUCACUUUAACCAGUCAGCCAUGGGCAAGGAGAAGCUCCACAUCAACAUUGUGGUGAUCGGACACGUGGACUCUGGCAAGUCCACCACCACUGGCCACCUGAUCUACAAGUGCGGUGGCAUUGACAAGAGGACCAUCGAAAAGUUUGAGAAGGAGGCUGCUGAGAUGGGGAAGGGCUCCUUUAAGUAUGCCUGGGUGCUGGACAAGCUGAAGGCAGAGAGGGAGCGUGGCAUCACCAUUGACAUCUCACUGUGGAAGUUUGAGACCAGCAAGUACUACGUCACCAUUAUCGACGCCCCCGGACACAGGGACUUCAUCAAGAACAUGAUCACUGGAACCUCCCAGGCAGACUGUGCCGUGCUGAUUGUGGCAGCCGGUGUGGGUGAAUUCGAGGCCGGCAUCUCAAAGAACGGGCAGACCCGCGAGCACGCCCUCCUGGCCUACACCCUGGGGGUCAAGCAGCUGAUCGUGGGCAUCAACAAGAUGGAUUCCACUGAGCCCAACUACAGCCAGAAGCGUUAUGAGGAGAUUGUGAAGGAAGUCAGCACCUACAUCAAGAAGAUUGGCUACAACCCGGAUACGGUAGCCUUUGUUCCCAUCUCUGGCUGGAACGGAGACAACAUGCUGGAGGCCAGUCCUAAUAUGACCUGGUUUAAGGGAUGGAAGAUCACCAGGAAGGAUGGCAGUUCGUCCGGGACCACCCUGCUGGAAGCUCUGGAUGCUAUUCAGCCCCCGUCCCGCCCCACCGACAAGCCCCUCCGCCUACCCCUGCAGGAUGUCUACAAGAUUGGAGGUAUUGGCACAGUGCCUGUGGGUCGUGUGGAGACGGGCAUGAUCAAGCCAGGCAUGGUGGUGACCUUUGCCCCUGUUAAUGUGACCACUGAGGUGAAGUCUGUUGAGAUGCACCACGAGGCCCUGACCGAAGCAAUGCCCGGUGACAACGUGGGCUUCAACGUCAAGAAUGUGUCCGUCAAGGACAUUCGCCGUGGCAAUGUGGCCGGAGACAGCAAGAACGACCCCCCAAUGGAGGCAGCAGUCUUCACUGCUCAGGUGAUCAUCCUGAACCACCCAGGUCAGAUCAGUGCUGGCUAUGCCCCAGUGCUGGACUGCCACACUGCCCACAUCGCCUGCAAGUUUGCUGAGCUCAAGGAGAAGAUUGACCGUCGCUCAGGCAAGAAGCUGGAGGACAACCCAAAGGCUCUGAAGUCUGGAGAUGCCGCCAUUGUGGACAUGGUCCCGGGAAAGCCCAUGUGUGUGGAGAGCUUCUCAGAGUACCCUCCACUGGGUCGUUUUGCAGUGCGUGACAUGCGCCAGACUGUGGCAGUCGGGGUAAUCAAGGCUGUUGAGAAGAAAGCCCCCUCCACUGGUAAGGUCACCAAGUCUGCCCAAAAGGCCCAGAAGACCAAAUGAAUGUUGUGCUGUGCUGCUGACUCAAGAGUCACCCAUAGCAGGACAGUAGUCACCCAACCCCACCCCCCUAUUGGCUGCUUCAACUCCAUAGUCAAAGACUGGUUAAUAAUCACAAUGCAUCGCAAAAGUAUCAGAAGGAAAGAAACAAAUAUUAAGCCUAGUCCUUAAGACAGUGUUUGUUCCCCCUCUCAUUUCAAAGUGGUUAGAUUCAUGUGUAUUUAUUUACGUUGUAAUAGCACAUUGCUAGUUUUAAACGUGUACUGUUAAAUAUGUGAAUGACCAUGUUCCCCAUGUGUGAGAUAUUGUAACCAUAGAGGGGCGUGUAAACUGCCACCCCCUUCCUCUCUGUACUGCAGUUAUAAGUCACUCUUCACGUGGUCUGUUGUCUUGCUUUUAGUGUUUGUAAACUACCUGGUGCUUUAUAGUAGCCUUUGGUAAUUAACUCUUACAAGUAGAAAAUUAUUUCUCUAAAGUGUAUGUUGUGUUAUAUAUAUAUAUAUAUAUAUAUUGUUGUACUCUAGGCACACUGAGUAUACCAAUAGUUGACUCUCCAAUCACUUUUAAUUGGCGUUUUGCUAUCUUUGCACUGGAAAACUUUUAAUUGGCAGAAGCUGUUGCACCUUACUCUGUUCGAGAUGGCACAAGACUCGUCAUGACAUUAAAAGAUAAUUUAACCCUU